UACACACAACUGUUCUAUUGAAAUGUUGGAAAUGGAUAUCGAGAUGGAAUUGACGGAGUUCAAGUCCUCCGUCCGGUCAAAAGCCCAAGACGAUGCUGAGAGAAGGCUGUUGGACACCCAAGCCCAGGUGGAUGAGGUGGUCGGGAUUAUGCGGGCGAACGUGGAGAAAGUCCUGGAACGCGACCAGGCGCUAUCGGAACUAUCGGAACGAGCUGACCAGCUGGAACUGGGUGCCUCCCAGUUUGUUCGUCAGUCUGGGAGACUCAAACGCAAGCAUUGGUGGGCCCACGUAAAAAUGAUCUGCUUUCUGGGCAUAAUAGUAGUAAUCUUACUUGUGAUCUUGCUGGUUUCUAUUUGGCCAAAAGGCAGUGGGGAUAACUCAAAGGCAACUACCGCAGGACCAUCAAAUUAACUGCCUUUAACCUUUAAUAAAUAUGUUUAAUUGGAUUGAAAGCAGUAAUAUAUUCUUGAAUUCAAUAAA